AUGUUGGGUAUUGAUUUCCAGAAGUCCUCCAAAGGGAAAUGGCCAACGCCACCAUUCGACCCGCGCUUCCCCAACCAGAAUCAGACCCGUAACUGCUACCAGAACUUCCUGGACUACCAUCGCUGCGUCAAGAGCAUGAACCUCCGCGGGAAGAGUACACAGCCCUGCGAGUAUUAUUUCCGCGUGUUCCACUCGCUGUGCCCCAUAAGCUGGGUGCAGCGCUGGAACCAGCAGAUCAAGGACGGGACUUUCGCUGGCAAAAUCUGACGGCCUGAGCGCGGCUCUCCGAGAGAUCAGUCCCAGUGACUGCCCCUAAAGGGGCCCCGCCACCCCAAACCCCCUCCCGUCCAUCUCUAAGCCAUAAAUA